AUGAUUUUAAAGCACCAUAGCCCAGCCGAAUCUAGUUCUGCCUGCUAUAUCGAGCGUCUACCUCCAGAAGUCGCGGAAUUGAUAUGCUACUCCAUUGACGAGAAGGACGUUCCUAAUCUUCGCUUGGUGUCCAAAUUUUGGAACAACAUUGCUACGCGGUUUUUGCUCGGAAACGUGAACUUGGUCUUCAAGCCGGAAAGUUUCCAGCGUCUCCUCGACAUCUCACGGCACCCGCUCAUCAGCAAACAUAUUACUUCUCUGUAUUAUGAGCCGAACACGCUAGAUGACUAUACAACACAAUAUGAUUGGGAGAGUAAUAUCAUCAAUAACAGCCAUACGGGAGCCUUUGGAGCACUCCCAGGCCCCGAUGCCAGUGAGCGUGAGCUUCGCGCCUGGCGACGCAACAUCACCAAGAUCCGAGAGAGGCCUCGUCACAAUUACUCAAGAAGCUACCUCGAAAAGGCUUACAAAGAGUACACUCGAAUGUACGCUGAGCAGGAAGAACUUCGGCGCAGAGACUACGGACUACAGGAGUUUUCUGAUGCUAUGUCCCGUCUACCUAACCUGUCGGAGAUAUGCAUGAACCAUGGAUGGGCUAUCUAUGUUAGACGUAAGGAUGCGAUCAAUGCUUUCGCAGCAGGUCUCCAUUAUGCGGGAGGAGAUUAUUGCGGCAUCCCCUUCAUGAGCUCAUUGCUUCUUGCCGUUCACGAAGCUGGUAUCAAACUCAGUAUACUACAACUUGGCAGCGUUGAUUGGAAAUUCUUACAGCAGAGUGACGAAGUUCUGGAGCGCAUGAAGAGUACCCUUCACUACCUAACGACUUUGGAGCUUGCAAUCUCUACCGGAAUGGACGAAAGCGGCAACGAUAUUGGCGUAGAAAUACCAAAGUGCCGGAGAUAUCUUAGUAAAAAUGCUAAGCUGACUGAGUUUCUUGCCGCGGCUCCCAACCUCAAAAAUCUUACGAUAAGCUUCGACUGGUAUGAACCAUUCUGUCCGGCCGAGCUGAAUCAGACUGUUGGAAGUACAACAUGGCCAUGCCUCGAAAGCAUUGCAUGGGAGAACAUUGAUGCAGCACCCGAAAAUAUAAACUGCUUCUUCGAACGACAUGCGUCAACGUUGAAGCACGUUACUAUGAGAACGAUGCGACUCCAGGAAGGCACCUGGAUAGAAACCCUCCAGAAAAUGAACAAAGUCUUGAACUUGAAAUCUGCAUGUAUUAGGGGAGACCUGCUUGGCGAGAAUCCGCCUCAGCAUUGGGACCUUGAACCAAACCUCUGGGCCGAGCACACCGAUUUGCGAUCUCAGGGAAAUCGGACAAGCAAAGCAAUUCAAGACUUUCUUUUGCAAGGUGGUAGCUGCCCUUUGAUUGAUCAGGACGCGCAUCCUCAACGUGGCCGGUAG